AUGAGUUCACGGAGAGUCGCGCUCCAAUCGAUAGAAAAUUCGCUGAUAUCCACCCCUAGAACUUCCCGCAAAGAUCUCCGCGAAGCCCUACCGAAAAAGAACCAGAAUGAAAGCUCGGUCGCACCCAUAUUCCACAAGACAGUUGAUCAACGGAAGAGUGGAAGGUCGUCGAUCUACUCUUUGUUUGACGAUGAGGUCCCAGAGGAGCUCUCUACAUUCUUCGAAUCCUCCACUGUCGAGAACCCGGUUGUCAAAUACUUGAAGUCUGUCCCCGGGGAGUCGACCAGUAUCUUCCCCGGGGACGAUAUCUUCCGAGACGUCCCUUGGAUUGCGGUACCGAGUCCGACGUACAAGCGGAAGCGGCCGCCAUCUCCUGUGAAGAGGUGCGAGGAUUCCGACACUUCCGAAACGUCAACGGACACUGCAAGCGAAGAAAUCGAGAUUGUCCAUCGUCCUAGUCCACGGAAGAGGAGAAAGUUGGUCUCGGAAGAGCCCGGAGUCAAAGAAUGGAUAGAAAAGUUCAAUGCAGAACUGGCCGAAGUCGACAAGCAUGAGCUCACGGUAGAGGAAACGUGAGGAGCAGAACCCAUCGGGCGGAAAAUCCUUGUACAUAUUUGCGACAGAAGGGUUCUCGUUCUGAUGAUGGCGUGAGGUUUUUGAAAUCAUGUACAUAU